AUGUCUACUACAAUACCAGAAAUAGCAGUUACCCAUGACGACGAAAACGAUAUUGAAAACGAUAACGAAAAUAACUACCUCAAUUUGCAAGAAGCAUUGACAGACGUAGAAGAUUUAUAUGAAGAAGGUGACGAUUUAUUUGUUUCUAAACCGAAACAGAUUAGAAAAUCAAAACUAAAAAUUAAGUUGGUACAAGAUGAGGCUUUAACUGAUCUAGAAGAUUUUGAGGCUUCAGAUGAAGAAGACGAUAAAAGCAAGAAUUUAAUCAUGCAUUCUAAACCAAUAACUAUCGAAGAUCUUGACUUGGAAGGAGGUGUCUUUGAGGAAUCUUAUAAAACACAUGUAAAAACUUCUAAGGGCAUUAAAAAAUUAAAAACUCAGUGUUCCACUACGCAAAGGAAAAUGGACGAUACUGAAGUAGAAUAUAAAAUUUAUGACAAUUAUACAGACGAAGAGAUAUUUGAUACAGAAAAUGAAGUGGCAAUAGACAGUGUUCCAGAUACCAGCAUAGAUUUAGAUACAUACAAUUUAGAGAAUAUGAAUGUAGCAGAUAAUACAAAUAGAAAUGAAACAAAACUUCUGUCAGUAUCUCCAAAUAAUAAUCCUUCCGAUACCAAUGACUCUGAACAAUCUUUUCACAGUGGUCAAUUUUUGAAUCCAUCGUUAAUUACACCCAACUUGUCAGACUUAACUGAUAUAGAAGUAUUGCAUUCUGACUCAGACGAUGAAAAAUCGUUUAAGAAAACAAAACCACGAAGAAGAAGAUAUAAAGGAUCUAGAAGACACUCUGUAACUGACAUAGAAGACUUAGAUGUCUCAGACACUGACGACAGAUUUAAAAAUUACAUUUCACAUCCUAGAAGAAAAGUCAAGUCAUUCAAAGUUAUCACAAAAAGUCAUUCUUUAAUGUAUGACUCUGAUAAUGAAGAUAAUGCCCAUUUACCUUUUCCAAUAUGUAAAAAAAUAGCAGAAAAGAAACCGAGUAUUUUAAAUAUUCCAGAGUUUGAUACUAACUUUCCAACAGACGUAGAAGAUUUUGAAGAUUUAAUAGACACACCAGCUACACCGAAUUUUGAAGCUCACGAAGAAGCUUUUGAAAAAAAAUUAGAAGAAAUGGCCGAGUGUUAUAGCAAAAUCAAUGAAUCGCAUAGCGCUCUUAAAUGUAAAAGUAUCCUUAGGGCUUCGUCUUUAAAGAGUAAUGAUAAUGACGGAGAUAAUAAUACUGAUAGUGAUGUGUAUCAAUCUGAACACGGCGAGUCAGAAAAGGAGGACAAUGAAGAAAAAGUUAGUUAUGAUAUUAGAUUUAUAGGUGCACCAGCUACGGUGACAAAGAACAAGAAAACUAGUCUAUUGAUACCGAUUAUAAAUGAAGAACCCCUUACUGACUGUGAAAAUGUAAAUAGUUCCGAUGAAGAAACAUCCAAAAUUAUACCUAUUGCUCUGGCUAAAGAACUGCAGAUACAUACUGAUGAAGAGGAGUUUGAGGACGAUUUGGAUGAACUAAACAAUAUACCCGAAAUAGUUCUACCUCCUCCUAUUAGAAAUUUGGUUAUUCUGAAAGAAAAUGGGACGCUACCUACAGUUCAGAUUCUACCCUUAGUAGACUACACCCCAGUACAAUCGCCUCAAGAACAGUCUCUAAAUGGAGAAACAGACGAAGAAAGUGUUUCUGAAGCAGAAGAAGCUAUGGAAAUGCCAAUGUCGCUGUCUGUAUCAGAUUUUACUGUACUAGACUGUGGUGUUAUAAAAGAAACUGAGAACCCACAAAAGAAAAAAGGGAAAAAAACGCUUAAUGUUCCUUCUAAUGAUGAUAUGGACGAACUAACGGAUACGGAAGAAAUAGUUCUGAAUACGCAAAAGAGGCGCAGAGCACCAAAAUUUAAACACCUACAUGAACGAUUCUUAGCUGAGAAAAAUAAACUUUCUGUAAAAACACCGGAGCCAAAGGCUUUGACUGAUACAGAAGACUUGUUUUUAAGUGACUACAAUUCUGGAAAUUUUCAGAGUUUAUCUCCUUUAUUAAAUUUACCAGGCGCAGAAGGUCUUACAGAUAUCGAAGUUUUAGCUGACAGUUCCGAUGAAGAACCUAACUUUAGAGCAAUGUCAUGUACUCCCCAACAACUAAGAGAAUUGGGAGGUGAAGUAAUAAUGUCUAUGGAAGGUUCUGGUCCAUUUUCAAUUGAAGACCGUCUACAAAUAAAUAAGCCAGUUAAAGUUGUCUCACACGUGGCAAUGAGCCCUGUACCAACAGAUACAGAAGAUGUAGUUACAUCAGCAGACGAAGAUUUAUUAAAUUAUUCUAGAGCAGAAACUUGUACGCCUAAUCAAAUUCAUUUAGACUUAAAGCAAGAAAGUUCCACAAAAGUUUUAGAUGAAUCUAAAAAAAGGAUGGCGUCUGAAGGAUGCAUGUAUCUUAAAGGUGGUGGCUACAUCGAUCUCACAGAUUCAGAAUAUAUGUCUGCUGAGGAAGGAUACUUUAACGAUCUGAUAAGAGGUAUUAAGAAAGACUCUGGUUGUAUUUCGUUGAAUUUACGGGAUGGGUCAGUGGCGUUCGGACAUCAGCCAGGUAAUAGCUUUUUGCUUACUUUUUUACGAAAUGAGCCUUCGCUGUCUUCUCCCAUCAAUUCGCUAUCAAACCAUUUGAAUGCUUUAUGUUGUGCAUGA